CAUUCGGGGUCCUGCCCCUUUUCAGCCCGCCUUUGGUGCUGUCCUCAGAAUAGCCUGACGCCCAUGACAGGACAACGGGGCCCGAUAUCCCACUGCUCCUUUUAUCCGACCCCAGCGACAACAUCCUGUGGUCCGUUCAGGAAGAUUUUAGCGAGAACAGGCAUUGUUCGCUUCCCCAAGCGCCAAAGUUGGGUUCCCGACACCGGCGCGCGUGCUGGGGGCCUCGGGGCGGAGCCCGGGCCGGCGCGUGCGGCGGGGUCCUGCGAGCGGCGCGCACUAUAAAGCGGGACGCGGGGCCACCCGCGCACGCCGUGGAGAGCGUGAGGGCCGGGUGUAUCUUCAAGCUGAGGGACCACUUACUAUGACCCCAUAUUGGUGGUUCCUCCAGGAGUCAAACAGCCCCACCAUCCGUGUGCUUGGUCCUGAGCCAGCGCCCCUCUGGCUUCCUACCGUUCUCUGCAGGGGACAGCUGUGACCAUGGCCGAGAGAGCACUGGCGCCCACGCAGAUGGGGCGGGGGGACCGGUACUACACGUACACCGAGCUCCUGGCCAUCUCGCGGCGCUUCAAGCAGAACCCCAAUGAGCUCAUGAUCACCUGGAUCCUGCGUGUCUAUGACCAGGGCGGGCCAGCCCUGUCCCUGAAUUCUGGAGAGCUGGCCCUGCUGGGCGACCUGACCAGCGAUGCCAUCUUCAACUACCGCUGUAAGACCCUGCGGGGCAGCUACAAGGCCCUGCUCACCUGGCUGCUGCUGGCCUGGCGCCGGCGCUGGGAGUCCUUCCUGCACUUCGAGGCCACCGAGCUGCCCUUCCGCCCCUGGACCACCAUGGAGGAGGGCAUCCAGCUGGUGCGCGAGCUGGGCAUGCUGGACUGGAUCUACCGCGAGCCGCCCUCCCCUCCUGCAGGAGAGCAGGGGCUGAGGCCCGCGCCCGAGGACGUGCCCUUCACGCAGGGCCUCCAGCGGCGCCUGCUGACGGCCGCACCCUCGGAGCUGCGGCUCUCACUCGUCAGCCUGCUGGUCAAGGGCAUGACGGUGCUGGAGGCGGUGAUGGAGAUCCAGACCAUCGCCGACGUGGGCCUGCUCUGGCGCCAGAGCCAGCCGGGCCGCGCCAAGCUCAUGUUGGGGCCCAACCCGACGCGCAAAGACCUCAUGGGCUGGCUGCUGAGCCAUGGCGUGCCCAAGGAGCGGGUGGACAAGCAGCCCACCAAGGUCCUCCUCGAGCUGUACAUCAAAGAGGCCAAGCGCAGCCGCAGCCACCCCGCCUACGUGCUGGGGGAGGAGCAGCCCCCGCCUCCCCCCUACUCAGACCAGGCCUGUGGGGAGGAGCCGCCCGUGCGGCACGACUAGGCCUCCUGGGCUUGGCCUGCUAGAUGGUACUCGGUGGCGGAGGGAGGCUGGAUUCCGGGGGAGACAGAGUCAUAGCCAGUGUCCCCUGAGCGUGCGCCCCCCGGCGUGGACUGAGAGAUGGCCUGUCUGCCUGUUCUCCCGCCUCCCAAGGGCAGGCUGCCCUGUUACUGCAUUUGAGGUUCCCAGGAGAGAGGGCUGUCCUUGCCCCCAGCCACCCCACAGGUGUCCCCAGCCAGUGGUGGAGGAAGGCGAGCCCGCCUGUAGCCCUGGGUGCCUUGUUCUCCCUGGGGCACAGCCUGUUCCUUUUUAGUCUGUUACAUUUCAGUCCGAUUGGCACAGUGGGUGGGCACCCACCCCUCGGCCACAUGGGCCCCCAAAGCACUACAGGCCAGGUGGGGAGACCCCACAGCCCAUGAUACGAAAGCACCUUGAAGUUUGUACCCUUUUUCUUGAGGUAUUUUUAAAUGCAAUGUUUUUACCUGAUAAUUUAAGUAUAUGCAACACUUCGGUUUUAGGGACGCUCCUUUCUCUUGGAAUGGUUUUUCCCUUAAGACUUUUUUUAUUUUUAUUUUAUUAUUACUAUUUUGCAAUUCCUUCCCGUUUUAAAGUGGCCUUCUGCUGCUUGCUCACCGGGAGCCAGUCCCAUCUGAUUUCUCUCGGUGGAUGUGUGACCUCUGGCCAGUGUCUGUCACAUCUGGAUUAAAGGUGGUGGGGCCAAGAAUCACAGCUUCGUGAGGACAGACAACUACCCUGGCAGGCCGCACUAGGCACGUGGGACUCAUUAAAUAACGUGAGCAUU